AGGAGAUCAGCUGCUGCUGCUGGCGGCUCCUCCUCCCCGGCAGGACUGAGUUUGCGCUGCUGCCUGUCAGCAGGGAGGGAGCAGACGGAGGCCGCCGGAGACAGGUGUUAGAGCAUCGACCUGAACACUUUGGAUGAGAACAGAAUUGCCAAUCAACCACAGCCAUGGCCUAUAAUACCACCCGCGACCCAGCGCAGCUGGCACAGACUAUCUCCGCCAACAUCCUGAGGAUAACACAAGCCUCUGCCGAGAUACAGAGGAUAGUGAAUCAGCUGGGGACCGUACAAGACACAGCCGAGCUACAGAACCAGCUGCAGCAGAAGAUACAAUACGUGAACAAGCUUGCCAAAGACACGGACAAAUGUCUUAAGGACUUCUCGUCGCUCCCUUCCGACAGCGAUCAGAGACAGAGAAAGCUACAGAAGGACAGGCUGCUGAACGAGUUCUCCUCCGCCCUGACCAACUUUCAGAAGAUUCAACGCCUGGCUGCAGAAAAGGAGAAGGACUUUGUGGCCAGGGUCCGGGCUGGCUCCAGAGUAUCGGGUGGAGCACCAGAUGAUGGGAUUAGGGAUGGCUCUUUGGUCAACUGGGAAAACGAGAGUCAGCCGCAGGCAGUGAUGCAGGAGGAGCUGAUCACAGAGGAGGAUCUGCGGCUCAUAGAAGAACGGGAGACCGCCAUCAACCAGCUGGAGGAGGACAUCAGAGGCAUCAAUGAAAUCUUUAAAGACUUGGGUAUGAUGGUCCAUGAGCAAGGAGAAAUGAUUGACAGCAUAGAGGCCAACGUAGAAAGCUCCGAGGUGCACGUUCAUCAAGCCAACCAGCAGCUGGCCCGAGCAGCGGAGUACCAGCGCAAGUCCCGGAAGAAGAUGUGCAUUAUCAUCUUUGUGGUCAUAAUACUAAUUGUCAUUCUGGCUCUGAUUAUCUGGGCGGCCACCCGAAAUUAGGAAGAAUAAUAUCCUCCAAGUACUUUUUUUGUCUUUCUAUUCCAAACUGUUAAUACUAAUCACCGGAGAGAUGGCUUCCACGAUGAAGAUGAAGAAUACAAUGCGUAUGUGUAAUCUCUAUGUCACAGGGCAUGGGGGAUUUACUACAACUGACCCGAGAAGACACCGCCAUGUUCUCCCGUGCACAGUAUGCAGUGUAGGCUCCCAAGCACUUGCACUAUCAAUAUUAGAAGAGAACUUAGAUUAUUCAUUCGAUUAUAGUGUAUACUGUGUGCCAUUCUAUUUAAAGGGAUGUUCACCUUUUGGUCAUUUGCACCCACACGGCUAAAGGUUUAACUACCUAAGCGCUUUUCCGUACAGCCGGCCUCAGUCUACAUAGAGAUUUGUAGGCAGAGCCCGUAGCAAAACUCAAAAUGAGCACCAGUCACCACUUAGAACUCUCUCAAGUUUAGUACGCUCAGUACUUGCAUAAUACAUUCAUGUGGAGUAGCUCUGUUUUUGACAAAUAAUAGAAUUAUGGUUAUAUACAGUCACCACUAGGGGGAGCUAGCACUCAAUGGCAUCUGAAUGCUGUAAGCUCCCUCUAGAAGCAGUUUACAGCUGGACCUAUUCCCCUUGGCAGUUGUGUGCCCUUCCUCUAUGGCAGGGAUCAGCAACCUGUUGUGAAACUACAACUCCCAGCAUGCUCUGUUCACUUCUAUGGGAGUUCUGAGAGCAUUCAAGCAGGGUCGCAUGCUGAGAGUUGUCGUUUUUGGAGGUUGUUGACCCCCCUGCUCCAAGGGAAGUUAUGAGCGGACAUAGAUUUAGUGUACAAGAAAUGUUCAGCUUAUUUGUGACCAUGUGGGCUGAAGUGGAUGAAGGGUGAACAUCCCCUUUAAAGGGGUUUUUCCAUUGAAAUGUGAAAAAAAAAUAAGCAUUUGGGCCAUAAAGGGUUAGAAACUAAGAAAUGAACCGUACUCACCCUCACUGAUGCUCCACCACUUCUGUUCCGACGCUGCUCUGGUUCAUCACUACCUGGUUCCUGCUCAGUAUGCUGAAGACUCAACCAUUCACUGGCGGAAGCGGGGCAUUGCUAUGGUCUGUGAUCGGCUGAUCAGGCCUUUCCAGGCGUUUUCAGCUCGUCGAGCCAGUAACGGGAAGUGAAGAGCAGCGGGGAUCAGACCGGUGUCAGAAUAGUUUUAUUUUUUAUGUCUAACAAUUUAUUUCUGAAGAAAAUCCCCUUUAAAUAAACCUUCCGUUGAAAUAUGAGGUGUUAAAUUAUGCCAAAAUGAUGUUAAAAGUAAUAUCCUGUGUAUUAAAAACUAAUAUAAAUGUACACAAACCAAAUAUAGCUUCCAUGAUACUGUGCCAAAUACGAGACACUCCCGCACUGGUUCCCACCCAGCUUUACUGGGCCAGAUAAUUAUCCCCUGUUCCUGUCCUAUUGGAUAACUGAGGCAGAUCGGCCAUUGACUGGUCUUGGGUCUUUCAUACAAAAAAGAGAGAAUAAAAAAAAAGGGCAAAAAUAGGGGAUUUUCUCUGAUAUGUUCAUGAAUUUUGAGGGCAUUUUCUUUUGAUUUUGCUUGAGGUAUAGUUAUUUAAUAGAGAUUGUAAUGUAAACUUAAACAAUUCCAUAUAGAGCGUGAUAAAAUGUAGGGAUCCAUCCUGUUCCUUGAGAUGCCAGAAUAUUGGUUUUCUGGACUGUUGGGUGUUCGUUUUGUUAUAGGGUUUCUAACCCUAAAGUAUUUUCCAACGCUUUCUACCAUUGAUCUGAUGAUCUUAAAGGGGUUCUCCAACUUAAGUGUAUUUUUUUUACUUUACCCCCAGCUGCUUCUUGGCUUGGGCUACAUGGGUCCCCGGGCUGUCUUCUCUAGACUUCAGGUCAUCACAGGUAAACUUCCUGCAUGGACGGGGUCACAGCCUCAGCGGUGACUUGUUCUCAAGCAGCUUAUGUAGACAUUACUACUGCAGCCAGUCAUUGGUUGCAGCAGAGCAUGUGACCCCGUCCAUGCAGGAGUUUUACAUGUGGGGACCAGAAGUCCAGAGAAGACCGCCUAGGACCCACAGAGUCGGUUGGGGAGCAGGUAAGUAUGCUUACUUUGACAGGUCCCGUUGAGUGGGGGGUGUAAUUAGAAAAAACACCUUGAACUUGGAAAAGUUCACUCCCUAAAAAAUGCUGGACCAUGGGCCACUCUCCUGGUAAUCCAGCAUCAGAACUUGAUUUAGGUGACAUGCUCUCCAGAAAUCUAGUCCAGAAGAUGUAGAUUUUCUACACUAAUGGCGUACGGUGUUAGCAUGUCCAUUCAGGCCCCAGUUUUGUCCACCCCAUAGGUGAUACCUGCCAACCACCUCGUGAUUAUACCACUGCUACAUAGCGAGUGUUCGUGGUGGGUUCCGGGUGAAUUGUGGGAGUGGUAGGAGUUACCCAAGUGUCUCCAAAAAUGAGGCCAUAUCUGUAUGCCAAUCCUACAUUGUGUGCUGGUGAACCUUCUGUGAAUUAUUUUGUCUUCUCCUGUACUAACCCUUGUCAAAAAGAAAACUCCCAUCAUUUUCGAGCCUGUCAGGCAGUGAGUUGUGCUGAAAUUUUUUAAAAUCUGUCCUAAAAAGACAGGUGCCAACAAUACUGCUGGGCCGUAAGCCAUGGGGGGUUGAACUAAUCAUUAAAGGUUGUGUCUGAGGGUA